AUUUCGAUGUCGAUCAUUUUGUGUCUGACUGUAGGAAGCGGGUCCAGUUGGAAGAACUGAGAGAUGAUCUGGAACUCUACUAUAAACUUCUUAAAACAGCCAUGGUAGAACUCAUCAACAAGGAUUAUGCAGAUUUUGUCAACCUUUCAACAAACUUGGUUGGCAUGGACAAAGCCCUCAACCAGCUUUCUGUGCCUUUGGGACAAUUACGAGAAGAAGUUCUGAGCCUCAGAUCAUCUGUCAGUGAAGGAAUUCGGGCAGUAGAUGAACGAAUGUCUAAACAAGAGGACAUUAGGAAAAAAAAGAUGUGUGUGUUGAGGCUUAUACAAGUUAUUCGAUCAGUUGAAAAAAUUGAAAAAAUCUUAAACUCGCAAAGUUCUAAAGAAACAUCUGCACUAGAAGCAAGCAGCCCACUUUUGACUGGACAGAUUUUGGAGAGAAUCGCCACAGAAUUUAACCAGUUACAGUUUCAUGCUGUUCAAAGCAAAGGCAUGCCUCUUUUGGACAAAGUAAGACCACGUAUAGCCGGCAUUACAGCCAUGCUACAACAGUCAUUGGAAGGUCUCCUUUUAGAAGGCCUUCAGACUUCCAACGUUGAUAUAAUACGGCACUGCUUGCGGACUUACGCCACAAUUGACAAGACACGGGACGCAGAGGCCUUAGUUGGUCAAGUGCUAGUGAAACCAUACGUAGACGAGGUGAUUGUAGAGCACUUUGUGGAAGCUCAUCCCAAUGGCCUUCAGAUCAUGUAUAAUAAACUCCUGGAGUUUGUUCCUCAUCAUUGCCGUCUUCUUCGGGAAGUCACAGGAGGAGCCAUCUCAAGUGAAAAAGGCAAUACUGUUCCUGGAUAUGACUUUUUGGUGAAUUCUGUUUGGCCAGAAAUAGUACAAGGAUUAGAAGAAAAGUUGCCUUCCCUUUUUAAUCCUGGGAACCCUGAUGCCUUCCACAAGAAAUAUACCAUAAGUAUGGAUUUUGUAAGAAGAUUUGAACGGCAAUGUGGAUCACAGGCCAGUGUAAAAAGAUUAAGAGCACAUCCUGCCUAUCAUAGCUUCAAUAAUAAAUGGAAUUUACCUGUUUAUUUUCAAAUAAGAUUUAGAGAAAUAGCGGGAUCCCUAGAAGCAGCCCUUAUAGAUGUCCUGGAAGAUGCCCCAGCUGAAAGUCCAUAUUGCCUUCUGGCUUCUCAUAGAACAUGGAGCAGCCUUCAGAGGUGUUGGUCAGAUGAGAUGUUUCUGCCGUUGCUGGUGCACCGUCUGUGGAGACUCACUCUGCAAGUUUUGGCUCGAUACUCUGUGUUUGUCCAUGAGCUUUCACUCAGGCCCAUUUCUAAUGAAAGUGCCAAGGAGAUCAAAAAACCUUUGGUAACUGGGAGCAAAGAACCUUCUGUUACCCAAGGAAACCCUGACGACCAGGGAAGUGGUCUUUCAGAAGCGAAGCCUGUGGCUUCCAUUUCCAGCACUCAGCUGGUGCAUGCGGUUGCAGACCUGGACAGGCUUCAGGAGCAGCUUCCAGAACUCUUGGAAACAAUCAAGCCAAAACUUGAAAUGAUUGGCUUUAAGAAUUUUUCUUCUAUCUCAGCAGCCAUGGAGGACUCCCAGAGUUCCUUGUCAGCCUGUGUGCCUCCCUUGAGUAGCAAGAUCAUCCAAGAUUUGAGUGAGUCUUGCUUCAGUUACCUGAAAAAUGCCCUGGAGGUUCCCAGGCUGUACCGGAGAACCAAUAAGGAGGUCCCAACAACGGCUUCCUCUUAUGUGGACAGUGCUCUGAAGCCAUUUUACCAGCUUCAGAGUGGACACAAGGACAAGCUCAAACAAGCAAUAAUUCAGCAGUGGCUGGAAGCAGCUCUUUCUGAGAGCACUCAUAAAUACUACGAAACUGUGUCAGACGUGCUGAACUCUGUGAAGAAAAUGGAGGAGAGCCUGAAAAGGCUGAAGCAAGCCAGGAAAACCACUUCUGCCAACCCUGUGGGUCCCAGUGGCGGCAUGAGUGACGACGACAAAAUCAGGUUGCAGUUGGCCUUAGACGUUGAGUACUUAGGAGAGCAGAUACAAAAGAUGGGUCUGCAGACUGGCGACAUAAAAAGCUUCCCAGCACUUGCAGAGCUUGUUGCUGCUGCCAAAGACCUGGCCGCAGAGCAGCCUUAAGCAUCGUGGGAGGUCCUAAGGGGGAGGAGAGGUGGCCACCGGGCCUGAGGGGAGAAAGUGGCUCUGUCCUCCGCAGCCUUUAUAGCAAGAAGUGCUUCCAGCGUCGCCCAGCAACAGGCCACGAGUCUUCUCUCAGCGGAUUUGGGUCUUCCUUUGUCCCAAAAGAACACAAAAGCCUUUUUCCAUUGUAUGGAAGAUAGUUCUUAAGACGUUUGAAACUUUCUACUAUAGUUUACAGAGCAAAUUAUUUUAUUUUUAUUGUAAAUCUUAGUGUGGAAGACUGAUUUCUAAACCAUGAUUGAAGUAAGUAGAGAUGUUGAAUGUAAGACACUGUCUCCACUGUCUCCUGAGCCUGCAGUCGAAAGCCCCGGCUGCAGUGAAGCCACCGCAUUGUAGGGAAGCGCCUUCCCGGAGCUGAAGAGAGCUGUCCCCUCGCGGGCCUCCUGUCGCCCCCCACUCAGUGUAUGAGAGUGGCACUUCCAACCCUGCUCGCCACUGGGCCUCUGCCGGGACCAGGAGGAAAGAUGUGCUUCCUAAAUAAAAGACGUGUCUGCCCCGAG